GCCCGGGGAUGCGUCUGUCGUUCGAAGGGAGAGGCUUGAUUGUCAUUACGUUAACUCGGUUAACCACGAGACCAUUCAAUCUGUGAGAUAAGUUACUGUUGAGUUUCGGUUAAAACGCGUCAUUUAUGACACUCUCGGACGGUGUCAGUCAACUAUAAUGCUACACUCCUUUCACGAGAAUGAGGGUGGCACGGCUAUUACUGUGCUGCGUACUUCUCGAGGACUACUGUAGCAAUGUCGGUGCGGCAAUUACGAGCGACAUCGUUCACCACCAGGACUUUUCGUCGGAGCAAAACACCGCAACUUUACUCGACAAUAAUGUGCCGAGUUUUGCCACGGCGAUUGGAAACGUGACGGUGGCCAGUGGCCGUGAAGCCAUUUUGUCCUGCACGAUUAGGAGUCUGGGGAAGUACAAGGUGGCAUGGCUCCGGAAUGAGAAUCAGAUGAUACUGUCAAUGGGCACUAGAUCCAUAACAAAUCCCCAAAAAUUCUCCGUAUCACUCGAGAACAUGAGGACUAAGACGAAUUUAACGACUGGAAGAAACGAGGACGAGGCGACGUGGAAGUUGCACAUAAGAAAUGUUAAGGAACAGGAUCGUGGAUGCUACAUGUGUCAAGUUAACACAAAACCCAUGCUAAACCAACUGGGCUGCGUUGAUGUUCUGGUUGCACCUGAUAUCCUAACUUCGGGGACAUCAGAGAGCGAGGUAAUCGUCAAAGAGGGUGAGAAUGCUACACUGGAGUGCAAAGCCUCGGGUAGACCAACGCCCACCGUAGCGUGGAAGAAGGAGAAGGAUGCUUUACUAGUGAGAAAAAAUCGUGAUCAAUUCAUUAAAGUGGAGACGUUUGCGGGUGAGCGGCUCGAAUUAAUCAGGGUAGACAGAAAGCAAAUGGGGGCCUAUCUUUGUAUUGCAACGAAUGAUGUGCCUCCGGGUGUCAGCAAACGAGUUUAUUUGAGAGUACACUUUUCGCCCACUGCGAAAGUUAAAAAUCAACUGGUUGGCUCACCCCUGGGCACCGAUGUGUCACUCGUAUGUGAAAUUGAGUCCUUCCCAAGAACAAUAAAUAUGUGGCAGCGAGGGAAACAAGUCGUGUCAAUAAGCAGUGGUGGUAGAUUCGUGAGUAAUGAGACGGUGAAUGAAAAAGAGGAGUGGAAGACAACCAUUGAACUCAAGAUAAUGCAACUUCAGGCGGAGGAUUUGGAUGAGUACAAGUGCAUUGCUAAAUCAGUGAUUGGGGAGGCUGAAGCAACUCUACGAUUAUACCAGAUUGAAGGUGUGACUCAGUCAACACGUGCGACUUCCACCAGUGGGAAGAGAUUCAGUGGAGGGAAUUCAUCAUGGAGGACAACGCCAAAACUUUCGUACAGCAGAACAAGUACACCGAUGUUACAAAGGAGUACGGUUGCAUUCACUUAUGAAAAAAGGAAAUUCAUUACAACAACAACGCCGGACUCACGUGUACCUCUCACUAAAGAUCACAAUGCCUUUAAACAUAAUGAAAUCUUUGAUGGAAGUCUUGGAACGAUAGCCAACAGCAACUUUAUUAUCAUAGCAGUUGCACUUCUUGUGUUAUCAUUUUGAUAUUAGUACUGAGUGAAUUUUUUCCCCUAUUGUUCCCGCAAUUAUCUAGCCGCCUUUUAAUUAAAUUCCUCUGUUCUUUAUCUUCCAUUAUUUUUUAGCUCUUUUUUUACCUCAGACAUUUUCAUAUUCCAUCAGUUUGCCUGAUGAUGAAUGUGGAAGAUGUACAUUCGCCCCAUGCCCGACGUUUGAGUUUAUAAUAUUCAAGAGUGAGGUGUUCCAUUUACAUACUUCUCCUUUUAUUUUCUUUCACCUUUUUUCGUGGUCAUAAACACGUCUUGAAAAAAAAAUGUAUUGCCCGAGGGAUUCAUCAUUCUGUGAAAUUAUGCGCGUUUUUUUUUUCAUGAAAACCCUAUGAUAAUGUGCGAGUGAAGGAUGAAUAUUUUUCAUUAGCAUUGUCGAAUGUCUUAACUGAAAUGGGGACAUAUCCAAAGUUGAGAUGAUUAUAUUUUUUUGGAACUACGAAAUCUCGAUAAUGAAAAAUUUAAACUAAGACACGAGGUGAAUAAAUUGAAGGACUCACGAAAAAAAGAUUGUAAAAGUGACGUUUUCAAAUUAUAAACUUAUAGAUACUGAACGUAAUGGGGGACAUUGAGGGGGACACGAGUGUCGUGAAUUGACUAUGAAUUUCAUAAUCAAAUAUGAGACAAAUAAUUAGUGUAAUGACUUAACGUGUAAGUUACAUACAUAGUAUAACGAGUUUUAUGAGAUUGGGGUAUGAGCACUCUGAGGAUCUCAUAUUUCUCGUCGUUUAAAAAGAAGUCAUAUCUGUAGUGCGUGUAACGCUGUAUUAAAUGUUUUCAAGUGGUUAGUUAAACGAUAAUUCAUUACAGAAUUUUUGUUUUUGAUGAAUGAAAAGUCGACUGAAAUGUCAGAGGAAAAAGCCCUAUGCUUUGCGGUUUGACGACAACUGGGGAGUUUUACAACUUGUUUUGUACAGUUUAAAGAUAAUUACAUUUAUUUCAGAUCUAAACAACGAAGUUUAUGUACGACGUUACGAACUGUUAAUCAUUGAUUUGUAAAUAUCAAUAAAGACAUAUCUUGAUUUAUGAUCAUAUCAGUUAUACUGCUCCACAAGGUAUAGGGCCUCGUAGUUAUUAAAUAAUUUGUAUGAUGAAGUGAAGGAAUGUAUGAUCAGUGUAACUAUCGGAUGAAUUAGUUGUAUUAUCGAAUGAUGCUCAAUACACUGAUAAAUAUAGUACCUAUGGACAUGAAAUGAGUAAAUAAAAGUUCUGUUGUUUAUAGUAAAAAAAAGAAUUAUAUAUAUUCUAAGAUACACAUGUAAGGAUGAGAAGAUGUGCUCAAGUUGAAUACACACUAGCUUUGCAGACGUAACGUGUUGACAAAUAAAGUGAAAAUACGUA